AGGUGUCCCCUCUUCGCCCGCUUCUGUUUAGCCAGCCAGCCGCUUAACCUGCGCACCCUCUCUCUCUCUCUCUCUCUCUCUUGUUGUGCUCAGGCAAAGACAACAGUCAAUCAGAAAACGAAGUAACCCCACAAACUCCGAGUCCUUCUACUUAGAUCCUGACCCUGCCAGAUUUUAAAAACUAUUUCUUUCUCCCUCUUCUUUUCUCGAGAAAAAACACGAGCUUGAAGAGAAACAAAGAGAUGGGUUUUGAUCAGAUGGUUUGGAAAUCGAACGUAAAUUAAAAAGAAAAAAAAAAGAAAGGAAAGAAAAGAAAAGAAAAGAAAAGUUUGGGAAAAAUAAUUCUAGCCCAUCAAACACACCCCACCACCAAAUGGAAGUCACAGAUACGCAAAGCAACAAGCAAAAUAAUACCACCCAAGAACCCCACCAGCAACACCGCCACCACCACCACCAUCAAGUUUCUUUCAAUGGCAGAUCAUCAUCAACAGGAGGAGGACCAUCACCUCCAGGUCCCUUUAUGGGCUCCAUAUCUAUCCAAGCUGGCUUGUCUCAUGUCCACCACCACCUUCAUGGUCUUUCUUCUUCAGUUCCUAUCAAUACUGGGUCUGCUCCUUCAACUUCAACUUCUUCAUCUUUAUCUUCUUCUUCUUCCUCCUCCUCUUCUACUUCCACCUCCACUUCUUCUGCAGCUCCUCCCCGUCUCGUUGACGCUUCUCUCGCUAUCGCCACCAGAUCUGGGCCGCUUUUAGACUCGGGAAAGAAGAAUCUUCAGCAGCAGAAUCUUUCCAUAGUUACAACCACAUCCACAACCACUGCCACCACCACCACCAACACUUCUGUAACAGCAACACCAGCGAAGCGGUCCACGAAGGACCGACACACUAAGGUAGAUGGAAGAGGACGGAGAAUCAGAAUGCCGGCAACUUGUGCAGCUAGGGUUUUUCAAUUGACAAGAGAAUUGGGUCAUAAAUCUGAUGGAGAAACAAUUGAGUGGUUGCUACGUCAAGCAGAACCAGCGAUUAUAGCAGCCACAGGGACUGGGACUAUACCAGCGAAUUUUUCUACGCUCAAUGUUUCGUUAAGGAGUUCUGGAUCCACCCUUUUGGCUCCGCCUUCGAAAUCUGCUCCUCAUUCGUUUCAUGGAGCUUUGGCUUUGGCUCAUCAUCCUCACUAUGAACAAGGGUUUGCCCAUUCAGCUUUAUUGGGUUUCCACCAUCAGCAGCAGCAGCAGCAGCACCUGAUGACAUCAGAUCAAAUAGCGGUAGCGCUGCCAUGUGGUGGUGGCGGCGGCGGAGGAGGAGGAGGAGGAGGGGAGAGUGGUAGAGAUGCUAGGGGAGAUUCUGGUGAGAAUUAUAUGAGAAAACGUUUCCGGGAAGAUUUAUUCAAGGAGGAUAAUCAGCAACAACAAGAAGGAGAAAGUGGUAGUGGUGGUACUAGCGGAGGUGGUGUUGGAGGAGGAGGGGGAGGCGGAGGAUCUCCUAUUAAAGGAUUUAAAAGUGGUUUGCAGCUACCAAAACCUCAGCAACAAGACACAGGAUCUUGUGGACUACUUAGGCCUUCAAAUAAUAUCUCACCUGCCACUGCCAUGUGGGCAAUGGCACCAGCACCCAGCAGUGGCAGCACAAUCUGGAUGCUGCCAGUGGGUGCCGCCGGUGGUGGCCCAGGAAUUUCCAUUGGCACAACCGGAGCUGGACCUUCAGAAGCCCAACCCCAGAUGUGGCCUUUUCCUACAGCAACACCAGCAGGCGGAAACUCCUUACAAGCUCCAUUGAAUUUCAUGCCAAGAUUCAAUCUUUCAGCUGGUAAUCUUGAAUUUCAAGGUGGAAGAGGAACUCCUUUACAAUUGGGUUCCAUGUUAAUGCAGCAACAACCAUCACAGCAUCUUGGUUUAGGCAUGGCAGAGUCAAAUUUUGGAAUGUUGGCUGCUCUUAAUGCAUAUUCCAGAGGUGGUUUGAAUAUGAAUUCUGAGCAAAACAACCAAUUAGAUCAACAUCAUCAACACCAGCAACCUCAAGGCACUGAUAGUACUGGAGAUGAAGAUCCCAAUAGUUCCCAGUGACAAAAUUCACAAGUGAGUUAGUAGCUUUUAUUCAAAAUAUAUAACUAAAUGAUAGCUUGAUGCCUUUGAUUUUUUCUGGGUCACAUUUUAUUGCAUAGUAAGCAGCAGGAGCUAGCUAGCGAGCUAGAGAUUGUUGUUGGCUUUGCUGUUUGCAGAUUUGGGAAUGGAAUUGUGUUUGGUCUAGUUUUUUGAGAGUGAUAAGUGAUCUCCUAGUAAUUGCCAUGCUAGUUUCUUUUGGUUGGGUGUAUACCAUCCAGUAUUCAAAUUCACAGGCUCCACUAAUCCAGAUUUACAUUGGGCAAGCUCGAUAAAGAGACAAAACACUCUUUCCAUAUUUAGUGUUCGAAUUCAAGAUCUCUAGUUAAUGGAAAAAGAAUUCGUGUUAUCUCAUCUCCCUCCCAUCUUAGGAUAUUGCCAUGUUGGUUUCUGUUUGUUAAUUUUUGAAUUCUUCUCUAGAUUGAUAAUGUAAUUUGUUAGUUUGGUCCAAAAUGGGACAAACAAGUGGGACUAGAGAGAUAGUGAGAGGUAGAGUUUGUAUAGGAGGAUAUUUGUUUGUGUUUAGUGUAAUUAUAUCCUAUGUAUGAGCAAAAUGGACAAGUAAUUGUUCCUUGAGACUUAAAAGAAAAUCAUUAUUUGUCCCUUAUUACAGAAUGCCAAAAAAGAAAAUUACAGAAA